AAGAAAGAAAGAAAGCAAAAAAGAAAACAGGAAAACAGAAAAGAAAGACAGAAAUACAAGAAAAGAAAAGAAAAUACCCGCCCCCCCUUAUGGCAUUUCCUGACUUGGACACGCAAGUCCUUCUCACUCCUUCAGGAUUCCUCAAGGUCUGCGAAACGGCCAUGACCAUCCUCGCCCUCAGCAUCUCCCAGGGCAUCCCCGGCCUCGGCUUCGGGAGCGAGAGCCUGGACUUCUUCGGGGGAGGAACCCUGGUGCUCUCGCUGGUCGUGAGUCCGCUCCUCCUCCUGACUCUCUCUCUGGGGGCCCAGCAUUACAGAAGGCGCUCUUUGGGUCACGAAACGGAAGUGAACUUCAUUCUGGCGAUUCUCAUGGUGGUGUUGGGCGGGCUUACUAUCCACACCUUCAGCGUCCAGCCAGGAAGGUCCUCUCCCGUGGCGGAUUCUGGAAAGGCUGUUGGCUCCAUGUGUCUCGUCAACUCUGUUUUCUAUGGCCUCGACACCUUCUUUGCUUACCAGAAUUACAGAUGUGCUUAAGCUGAACUUUUUUGUAAUGACAUUUCAAAAGUUAACUUGUAUAUUAUGUAUAUAUAUUGUGUUGUUCGUGUAUGAUUGCCGAAUGUGAAUUUGAAGUUAAUUAUUUCGUGUAUUUAUUCCUGACAUAAGAUAAAUGCAUCAAGCUAUAAUA